AUGGCGCUGUGGACGGUGACGGGCGGCCAAAAGACGGGCGGUCUCCAGGUGCGCCGCGGCGCCGCGCUGAGCAGCGCGCUGGAGCAAAAACGCCUGGAGUUUGGAAGCACGGUGCGGGAAAUGGCCAGAAGCAAGGGACGCCUACGCUACGAGUUAGUCAAGGGCUUGGGCCCUGCCAGCGGCUGGGUCACGCUGCAGCUGCGUGGCGUUGACUUGCUCAGACCGGUGGAGCCGGAACGGAUCCCGCGGAUCCCGAGCUGCCCAGCGCCGGCUGCGGAAGAUCUGGCAGGCAAUGGUUGCAGCUGGCCGCCGGGCGUUAUGUGGCCCAAAGCGGCCGUCGCAGAGAGUGCAGAGGCUUGGUUGAAAGGAAUGGGAAGGCGUCGUUUCACAGACCAUGGAAUCUGA